AUGUCUACUGGAAUUCCCACACUGAUUCAGGAGGUGUAUCGCGGGAGCUCACUGACGGCGGAAACAGUGACUCUGGACCCUGAAGCCCCAAGGUCGAAGAAAAGUCAAAAUGAGGUGAUUGUCCGUGCCUUGGAUGGCUUUGUUUUCGUGAAGCAUAACAAGUUGGUUUAUCCUCGGUACCAAGACUCGACUCCUGAAUGGUGGGAAGACGUACAGGCCUACGGGUACGUGACAGCGCUUGUGGGCCAGUUCAAGUUCUUUGUUUGGGCCGGGUUUAUGGGCGAAGAUUACUCGGACAAACAUCUGGUUUUCAUGUGUAUAAAAGACAUUGUGGGGAUGGUGAAGGAAUCAAGCCCUCACUGGCGAUCUGGCUUCGAGGAGAUUCUGUGGCUGGAGUCAAAGGCCGGAUAUAGCUAUGCGCUGAUGGAGCCGGAUGCAAUUUAUGAUGAGGUCAGGUGGGCUGAAGUUAUUCAAAGCUGGACGAAUUUGCCGCCACCUCUAAGCCAGGAGGACCCGACGCUCCGCGAGGUGGACCGAGCCGGCCCACAGCCCCAGUGGUGGAAGGUCAGGGGCGGGAAGAGUACCUGGGAGUGGUUUACCAAAUCAAUCCGGGACGCAAAGGCAGGUGCGAAACGGAAAAUAAACCAAGAUAAGCAAACAUCCCGGAAGCGCAAGAAGGGAGGAAAGCAGGCCACGCCUUCCCCAUCUAAGAGAAGGGCAGUCAGCCAGGAUGUCGAGUACAGCCCUGGAAAAGGUGACCAAACUGAUGAUGAUGUAAUCUUCGAUCGCAGCAAGUUGCGACCGCGUAGAUCGUCGGUUCAGUUUGCGGAGAGCCUACCAAGGUUUGAUCCCCGGGAUGACGAGGCAGAGGGAGCCAAGGUGGAAGCGCAGGGAAGGGAGAAAGGGAAGGAGGUAAGUAAGGAUGAGGAGGACAGUGAUGAGGAGGAAGAAGGACAAGAAGAGGGGGAUGAGAAAGAGGACGAGGACAAGGAGGAAGCGGAAGACACGGAGAACGAGGAGGACGAGGAAGACGGGGAAGAUGAGGAAGACGAGGAAGACGAGGAUAAAGGACGGGAGAGGGGGGAGAAGGAGGGCCAAGUUGUGGCCAUGGAGGUUGACGAGGCUGAGGUGGAUGCUGAAGGGGAAGACGAAGUCGAGGACGUUGCCAUGUCAAGUCCGCCUGGCAAAGCUACUUCCUCCAAGAAAAUUCCUGACCCGGAAGCAGCUUCUCCUUCGUGUAAAGCAUUGCCUGCCCCCGCGCAAUUUGCGCGUACACCUACUCCGGGGCCCAAGCUCACUCCUCCUCCUGCGUCUCCCUCUAAUCCGGCGCCUUCCCCAGUCACCGCGCCUCCAGAAACUUUGGGGUCUACCCUCACUCCUGCUCCCGCACUUCCCCUUGCUCCCGUGCCUUCUCUUGUUGCCGCGCCGGCUUGUACGUCUCCGCCUGCGCCUUCUCAGGAUCCAGCUUCUCCGGCUCUGGCUCUCCCUCCGGCUCCGGCUCCAACCCCGACUCCCGCCCCAGCCCCAGCCCCAACCCCCCCUCCAGCCCCGGCUCCUGCUCCUUGUCCUGCUCCUGCUCCUGCUCCUGCUCCUGCUCCUGCUCCUGCUCCUGCUCCGGCUCCUGCUCCAGCUCCGGCUCCGGCUCCGGCUCCGGCUCCUGCUCCGGCUCCGGCUCCGGCUCCUGCUCCGGCUCCUGCUCCGGCUCCUGCUCCGGCUCCUGCUCCGGCUCCGGCUCCGGCUCCUGCUCCGGCUCCUGCUCCGGCUCCUGCUCCGGCUCCUGCUCCGGCUCCUGGACCGGCGCCUGCGCCUGCCCCACCAUCUCCCAUUCUUCCUGCAUCUCCCGCCGGUCCCGCGCCCCCUUCUCUUGAGCCUCCCUCGAUCGCUGUGUCUUCAGCUUCUGUGCCCGCCGGCACACCACCCCCACCCCCUCCCCCUGCGUCUACGAACGCCUCUGUGCCUGCGACUGUCAGUUCAGUUUCAGCACCUAUUCCCCCUGCCGGCUCCCCGCUUGAUGCACAGUCAGUCCCAGAUACAUGUGAGUUUGAUAUGGACAAUACGACGGGAAGGCAAUAA